UUUCAUAAAAUUUUAAUAUAUAUUUAUAUUAUAUCAAAGUUAAGAUGUCGGAAGGUGAGGACACGCAAACGCAAACAAAGUUUGAGUUCAAAAAGAAACCCCGGAAACAUCUUCGUCAGCGGAAACCAUCGAACAGUGAUGGCGAAGAGUUAGAGCACGGCACAGAAGAGGAAAUUUUAUCAAAGCUAGAAGAAACCAAAGAACGACAGAAGCUGCGCAACCGGCGCAACGGUGUAAACAUUUUGAGUUUGGCCGCCGGCAAGAAAGUUACCACCGAAGAAGAAAUAACAGUAAAAGAUCCAUUCAACAUUAAAACUGGUGGCAUGGUGAAUAUGCAAGCGUUAAAAGCGGGAAAGUUGAAAACAGCCGUCGAAGAUCCAUACGAUACCGGAAUCGGUACCCAGUUCUCCGCGGAAACAAACAAACGGGACGAAGACGAGGAAAUGAUGAAGUACAUUGAGGAAGAGCUCGGUAAACGCAAGGGUCUUGCACAGGAGCAGGAUAAACAGAUCGAUGGAGAAUCUUCUACUAAAUACCUCAGUCCAGAGGAAGCAGCCUUACUGUCGCUGCCGGCUCAUCUCAGCCAGACGUCCUCGUUACGCUCCGAAGAAAUGCUGUCAAAUCAGAUGCUCAGCGGAAUCCCGGAGAUCGAUCUGGGUAUAGAGGCGAAAAUCAAAAACAUUGAGGCAACGGAAGAGGCCAAACUUAAGUACAUGCAGGAGCAGCAGCGCAAAAAGGAUCUUCCGUCACACUUUGUGCCUUCAAACAUGGCCGUCAAUUUCAUGCAGCACAAUCGCUAUCGUAUCGACAAUCCGAACCCUCCGAAGCGACGACAUCAGGAAGAUAACCGAGAUCAACGGAAUGAUGACCGAAUUCCAAAGAAGGCAACGGACGAUUACCACUUUGAUAAAUUCAAAAAACAGUACAGACGACACUGAUAUGUUGGACGUUUUGGCUGUGUACAUGUAAUAGAAACACAUCUCCCCUCUGGCGUUGUUUGUCUUCCGUGGCGCGCAACACCGAGGUUUGUGGUUUGUGCUUAAUAUUAGUUCUAAAGCGUUCCCUUCUUUUGCUGCCGUUUAAAUCUUUUGAACGCUGACAUUGAAACAUGCACCGCAGACAAGAUGCACAACUUUUGCCACAAUAA